AUGGAAGGUUUCGAGCGAAGGCUACAAGACCUACAGGAUCAAUUUGAGGGCAAGGUGAGGCCUUCCGCGGAGAAUCUAUUAACCUCCUCGCCCUUCGUGGAUGAAAUUAUAGACUAUCGGGCUCCCGCGGACCUAAAAAUCCCGAAACAUGCCACUUUUGAUGGGACGGGGGAUCCCCGAGAACAUCUGGUCAGCUACCAGGCCAAAAUGCAAGUCUUAGGGGUGGAAGAGCCACUUAUGUGCAAGGCUUUUCUUCCUACUCUCAAGGGGCUCGCCCAAAAAUGGUUUUUGGCAUUGCCAAGCUAUUCCAUUCGAUGCUUCAAUGAUUUAGCCGACCGAUUCCUUACUCAUUACGCCGUGAACAUCAAGCCACAGCGCAAUCUUACCCACUUGAGCGGAAUCAGUCAAGAUGAGGGAGAAGCUUUGAAGACGUAUCUGGCUCGAUGGCAAAAGGAGGUACAAAUUAUCGAGGGGUUAGACGAGCAAGUGGCUAUCACCUUUUUCAUGGAGUCGCUCCGAGCAGGCAAAUUGUUUAUUGAUCUUCACAAUGAUCGUCCUAAGACGUAUGUGGAGGCUAUCCAGAGAGCCAGUCGUCAGGCAGACACGGAAGAGGCUGUGAGACAAAAACGGCAGCGAGAAGCUGCCGGAUCCAGCGCUAAGCAAUCACGACCUGACUCCAGGAGUCGAGCGGAACCUGAGCGUCCUAGUCGCACUGAGGUUCGACGAGGAGCGGAACCUGAGCGUCCUAGUCGCACUGAGGUUCGACGAGGAGCUGAGAGGGUGGGGGCUCCGCCCCCUCGCCUUACCGUGGGAGCUGAGAGGGUGGGGGCUCCGCCCCCUCGCCUUACCGUGGCCCAACCCGUGCAUGAGGUAAAAGAUACCUUGCCUCCCCCUCCGCCUCUGAAACCUGGAGAUCAGCCCGAGAUCCUACCACCGGGACGGGUCCCGACGAAAUACUGUCGAUAUCACCGAUCGACUACACAUACCACGGAGGAAUGUUUUUACCUGCGCAAAGAAAUAGAGGCCAUGAUACAGAAGGGUGCCCCGCCUCCACCUAAUCAAUGGAGGCGACAUCCGCGCUCCGACAAAACAGAUUCGCGCUCCGAUCGAGGAAAACAACCCGCCUCUGAGGAAGAGGAGACAAAUUGGAAGCACAAACCUGUUAUCAACAUGAUAGUAGGAGGACUGGAAGGAGGGGAUUCAUCCGGUUCUCGGAAAGCUUGGGCUCGGCAACUAUACGUGGGGACCAUCUACGGUCGGGAUGAUAGUCUAAAAAAGGUAUGUCGAGAACCCAUUUUGUUUACCGAUGAGGACCUACCCCGAAGCCAACACCCCCAUCGGGAUGCUUUGGUUAUUGCCAUGGACGUCCAUGGCACGGUAGUCCGAAGAGUCUUAGUGGACACAGGGAGUAGCGUGAACAUCUUGUAUCUAGAGGUGUUUGAGAGAUUGGGGUUACAACGUGACAAGCUAAAACCUGUGAAAACACCUCUGGCCGGUUUUACCGGGGACUCGAUUGAGUCAGAGGGAUCCAUACGUUUGCCGGUCGAAAUCGAGACCUUUCCCAACCUUCGAAGCAUAGACAUGGAAUUUGUGGUAGUUAACCUAUCCUGCUCCCAUAAUAUGAUUCUAGGGCGACCUGGGUUGGAGGAUCUGGGUGCUCUCAUCUCCCUAGAGCAUCUUUGUUUGAAAUUCUGGACUCCCAAUGGGAUCGGAGUCGCUCGGUGCGACCAGAAGGCAGCUCGGGAUUGUUAUUUACAAUCCUGCCGAAAGAUUGGGAAAACGGACCUGAGGAUUCACGCUAUCACUAGUCGGGAGGAACAGUUAAAGAGUCUUGACCGACCCGAGCCGGCGGUAGAACUAGAGGAAGUUGAGAUUGACCCCUCGCGCCUUGAGAAACGAGUAAGGAUCGGAGUGGGUUUGGCUGAGAAAGUCAAACAAGAAAUUAUCCAGGAAUUGCAAAAAUAUCAAAAGGUAUUUGCCUGGGGCCCUGAAGAUAUGCCGGGAGUUGACCGGUCGGUCAUUUGCCACCGAUUGGCUGUCAACUCUAACCACAAACCCGUAAUUCAGAAGAAAAGAUACCUCUCGGCGGAUCGACGAGAAUUCGUUAAGAAGGAGGUGGAAACCUUGAUGGCUGCGCAGCAUAUCCGUGAGGUAAAAUAUCCGGACUGGCUUGCCAAUGUAGUGCUUGUGCCAAAGCCUCCCGCUUGGCGAAUGUGCAUGUAUUACACAGAUCUUAAUCAAGCUUGCCCGAAAGAUCCUUUCCCUUUACCAAGGAUCGAUCAGUUGGUGGACGAGACGGCUAGCUGUGAUCUAUUGAGCUUCAUGGACGCCUUCCGGGGCUAUCAUCAAAUCUUCAUGCACCCCGCUGAUGAAGAGAAGACUGCCUUUAUCACCCCAGAUGGGGUAUACUGCUAUCGGGUAAUGCCUUUUGGACUAAAGAAUGCUGGGGCCACCUAUACCCGAAUGGUAGGACGAUUGUUCAGAGAUCUGCUAGGAAAAUCCAUGGCAGCCUAUGUGGAUGACAUGCUUGUGAAAAGCAAAGAUGAAGGAACUCACGCGAGAGAUUUGGCGGCUACCUUUGCCAUAAUGGAAAAAUAA